CUGAGAUCUGAGAUCUAAUAAGACUUUGAAGGGCUCAGCUACCCAGCUACCCUAGAUCAGCGACAUUAUCCCCAAGGACGUGUGAGUGAGUAUGAUCUUAUUGUCAAAGCGUGGUUCCUCACUCUAAACGCGGCGUGACCUCAGAUGUUCUCACACCUCUUGAACUCUCUUCUCUGACACGGGAUAUUCCUCUGAGAUUGAUCUAUUGAAGUCAUUGGUCGGUUUUGACCGUUUUUGUAUUGAACUCUCCAAUCAAAUCUCUGCUACUUGGAAUUUGGGGUGAUCGGUUGAUCAAGGAGGUUGAAGACUGGCGAUACAUCACGUCCAACCAUGAAAAUGGCCUCCGUGCCGGGGAUUUCGGAAUGGCGCAAGCUGCCCCUGAGCCUCACCGAGCUGUGUAUCGACACGACAUUGCGCUGCGGGCAGGCGUUUAGGUGGCGCAAAAUCGGCGAUGAGUGGCACUGUGCUCUCCAAGGGCGCAUCGUCUCGCUUAGGCAAGACGCCACCCACCUGCACUACAAGGCGACAUGGCCCAGCACGGAGGCGGCGGCGGCAACCGCUACCAAGCCCCUGAGCGUGCCGUCGCCUCCCGGCAAACCCAGCUCGAGCAGCCCCGGCGUGGAAGACGACACGCUCGCCCUCGUGCGCAGCUACUUCAACCUCGACCACUCCCUCCCUGCUCUGUACGCUACCUGGUCAUCCCGCGACGCCAACUUCGCCCGCCGCUCGGCCGCCUUCGGCGGCGUCCGCAUCCUGAACCAGGACGCCUGGGAGGCCCUCGUGGCCUUCAUCUGCAGCAGCAACAACAAUAUCGCCCGCAUCGCCGGCAUGCUGGCCCGCCUGUGCGCCCGCUUCGGGCCCGACCUCGGGCGCCUCUCUUCCUCCUCCUCCCCCACCGCCAACGACGCCGACGACCACGACCCGCCCUUCCACGACCUCCCCGGCCCAGACGCCCUGGCCGGUCCCGAGGUCGAGUCCGCCCUCCGCGCCCUCGGCUUCGGCUACCGCGCGCGCUACGUCGCCGACGCGGCGAGGCAGGUCGCGACAGAGCGGCCGCCGGGCUGGCUGGCCGGGCUGCGGAACCCGUCGUCGAGCACCCCCACACCGCCGGACUCGUCCACCGGCGACGGGUACAAGGCGGCCCGCGACGCGCUCCUGGCGCUCCCCGGCGUGGGGCCCAAGGUGGCCGACUGCGUGUGCCUGAUGGGCCUCGGCUGGGCCGAGGCGGUGCCGGUGGACACGCACGUGUGGCGGAUCGCGCGGCGGGACUACGGGUUCGGCGGUGGGUCGGGCGGUUCUUCUUCUUCGUCUUCUUCGGGGAAGGCGAUUAGCAAGGCCAUGUACGACGCCGUGGGGGAUCACUUCCGGGCCGUGUGGGGGCCGUAUGCUGGUUGGGCGCAGAGCGUGCUGUUCACGGCGAAUCUGAGGUCGUUUGCUGAGCAAGCUGCUGGGGGCGGCGGUCGCCGGGGGACUGCUGUUGCGAGGGUCGACGGAGAGGACCGGGAGGAGAAGAAGCAGGUCGUUAAGGUUGAGGAGCGGGAGGAUGGGGAGGAUGGGAUGGUUGCGGUCGCUAGUGCGGCGGCGGUGGGGAGGAAGCGGAAGAGGAAGAUGGCGGAGCGGGAGUCGGGCCUCAAGGUGGAGGAGGGGCAGGAGACGACGGAGGUCAAGGUUGUCACCAGGAUACUUCGGUCAAGUAAGAGGAGGAAGACGAGCACAUAAUGAUAGUUAGAAUAGCCUUUUUUUGCUUGUUUGAUGCCAUUCCUCAUGAUGCCUAGUUUUACUCCAACAGCAAAUAUCCUAGUGCAAACUGGCAUGCUAUGCACGUUUCCUUCUUGA